AAUGAGAUUCGUACAGUAGCUGUACCUAGAGUAAUUUACACCCCCUAGGGUUUAGGGUCUAUUAUAAUUAUAAAUUAUAAAUAAGUUUUUCCUGGUCAGGUCAAUAAGGUCAUGAAAAAACAAUUCAAUUUUUUUAUCUUUUAUUUUACGUGCAAUGGAUUUACCUGGACUAAUACACGAUUUUCUUUUAUUUUUUCUGGGAUUAGGUCUUAUAUUAGGAGGUCUGGGGGUGGUAUUACUUACCAACCCAAUUUUUUCUGCCUUUUCGUUGGGAUUGAUUCUUGUUUGUAUAUCUUUAUUCUAUAUUUUAUCAAAUUCUCAUUUUGUAGCUGCUGCACAGCUCCUUAUUUAUGUGGGAGCCAUAAAUGUUUUAAUUCUAUUUGCCGUGAUGUUCAUGAAUGGUUCAGAAUAUUACAAAGAUUUUAAUCUUUUUACUGUUGGAAACGGAGUUACUUCCUUAGUUUGUACAACUAUUUUUGUUUCACUAAUUACUAUUAUUCCAGAUACGUCAUGGUAUGGGAUUAUUUGGACUACAAAAAAAAAUCAGAUUAUAGAACAAGAUUUAAUAAGUAAUGGUCAACAAAUUGGAAUUCAUUUAUCAACAGAUUUUAUUAUUCCAUUUGAAUUCAUUUCCUUAAUUCUUUUAGUUGCUUUGAUAGGUGCGAUUGUUGUGCCUCGGCAGUAAUAAAUCUUUAGAAUUAGUAACCCCCAUCUAUUUGUUCUAUGUUAUCACAUUUAUUUUCUUUCAAUUCUAUUCUAUUUAAUACUUUCAAUUC